UCUAUAUUUACUUAAUAUAGAUUGAUUUUAUUAAUUUUUUUUUCAAUUUUAAAAGUCACACAAUUAUAACUCUGUAGAAACUAUAAUUUUUUAUUGGUUAGUUUUAAUAGAAAAUAAACAGUAAAUAAAAAUGAAUAAUAGAGGUAUUUCACAUCCACCAGGUAAAUUUCAUAUGAGAGGAAGCAAAACCUAUACUCCAAGACAUGGAGGUCAAACUUUUCAACAGCAACAACAGCACCCAGUAGACCAAUUACAACAAUCACCACCACAUACUUUUGAUCAACAACAACAACAACAACAACAACUUCCACAUCAACAACAACAACAACUUCCACAUCAACAACAACAACAACAACAACAACAACAAAUUCCACACCAACACCAACACCAACAUCAACAUCAACAUCAACAUCCACACCAACAUCAACAACAGCAACAACAACAAUCACCACCACAUCAUCAAUCUCAAACUUCACCACAACACCAACCACAAACACAUUAUUUAUCUAAAUUUAAUAAACCAUCACAUCGUCCAAAUCAUCACAGUAAUGGUGGUAACCAACCAAUUAUUUCUCCAGGUUUAAAUUCAUCAAAUACAGGUAAUCAUUAUAUUAAUAAUAACACAAACACAACUAGAGGUGGACAUAGAGGAGGUCACAGAGGAUCAUCAAGAGGUUCACACAGAGGCGGAUCAAGAGGCGGAUACAGAGGUCAAUCAUUUUAUAGUUCAUCAUAUCAAAAGACAGGGCCAAGAUUAUUAACUAGUAUUGUUUCACUCCCACCAUUUAGUGGUGGUGCCAUUAUUGGUGUCAAGGGAUCUCUUUGGGGUCUUUUAAAUAAAGCUACCACUGCCAGAUUAAAAGUUUCAAAAGACAGAGCUAUUAUCAAGUGUGCAGAUGCUCAACAAUUAGAUAGAGCUAAAGAAAUUGUAUUGAAAUUAAAGAAUACAUCACCAAAAUAUCUUUCAUUAAUCGAUUAUAAAGGCGAACAAAAGAUUAAAUUUGUACACCAACCACAUUUUAGUGAAGUUGUUUUAGAAAGCGGUGCUAUCGAUCCAAGCGAUGUUCAAGCAAUGCAAGAAAUAAUUAAUAGUAGCGAUGUUCAAUAUGUAUCACGUUUAAUUGAAACAGUUAGCACUCUUCAUGCCGACAAAGAUAACUCUAGACCAUGUAUAGACAUUGAAGCUGGUAAAAUCUGGUAUCUUCAUAGUUCAAAUAUUCCAUCAACUCCAAUGACUUCUGAUAAAUAUGAAUUAUACACUGAAAGCCUUGCCUCAGUUUUCCAACCAUCAAAUGUUAUCAAUGAAAACUUUAUUUCAUCUUCAAAUUAUAAAUUAUAUAAACAAAAGAAACCACACACAUAUAUUUCAGUUUUAGACACAGAAUCACUCGAUCUUUUAUGCAUUAAAUGUAGCGAAGAAAAAGUUGGUUCAACAAGCUCAACAACAUCCACCUCACCAGAAUCACCAAAUGUUGAAUAUAAAUUCUCAAAUCCUCAAAUCUACAAGCUUUCACAUGUUAAUAGUUCUAAAAUCCUCUUCCCACAAAUUAAAUCUGGUUCAGAUCUUCGUUUAACCAUUGACACUCAAUCAAAGAGUAAAUUAUUAAACGAUAAUCUUCUUAAAUUUAUUGAAUCAGUUAAAAUCUUUAAAAACUCAUCUGGUAAUAACACUUAUCAAAUCCCAGAUAGCAAUCUUUUCAUUGUCGAAUCAAUUAUUACUCGUAAGGUGUCAAUUUAUAGAUCUGAUGAUAAUGCUCUUCAAUUCCAAGUCAACGAUGAAACUGCCACUAGAUACACAACCUCAAAUCCUGAAGUUAAUAGACAAUCAACUUCAAUUAUUUGCACUUCCCCAGCUCUUUAUGACCUUUUCAAGAGUAACAACUGGAAUGUUGAUCAAGUCAUUGCCGAAUUAAAGAAACUUUCUAAAAAUCUUAGAACUUUGGUCUCUAAAUUCUUAGAUACCUCAAAAUUCGCUCCACCAUCUGCCGAUGCUGAAACCUUUGAAAAUUUAGAUCACGAAGAUGAAGAUGAGGAAUAAAAUAAUUUUAUAAAUAAUCAAAUCAAAUAAAUAAUCAAAUAAUUAUAAAAAAUUUAAAGAAAUAAAGAAAAAAAAAAAUAUUAUAUAAAUAAUAUAU